UCGUUACCUAAGAUAAGAUUAAUUUUUGUUUUAAAAUAGAAUAAAGUUUUCAUCCUUUUUCAUCAAGAAGAAAAGAUGGAAGUAAAAAAAAGUGUUUGUAUUACUGAGAGAAAUCCUUUUUUAACGUACGUGAUUCGGCAUAUUCCACCACAAAUAUGCAAUGCCUUACUUGAAGCAUUCGGUGUGGAUGGCCGUGUUGUAUCCAUGUUAUAUCGUUAUGCAGUAGAAGAAAUUUUACGCGGAGAUUUAGAAUUAAGUGGUUGCCCUGCUUUAGAUUCAUUCGCAGUAUACGAUGUAGCGCUUAUUCUUGGCAAAAAUACAUCAUGCAUAAAUGUUAUACGAGAAAAAGGGAAUAUUGUAACUUUACGUAUAAUUUUAGAAAUUUUAUAUCGAUUGGGUUAUGUAGUACCUUAUAGUUAUAUUUGUGAAAAUGAUUCAGAUAUUAGGAAUUGUACUUGCGCCUUAAUUGAAUCUUUUUUGCUCAAUGCGUAUUUCUCAGAGCUAUCAGAAGCUCACAUGUAUUUAUUUGCUUAUUCUAUUCGUGGGCUUUUAGACAAGAAUAAAAUCCCAGGUCCUGCUAUUAUUCGAAUGCAACAAUUAGAAUAUUUUUUAAAUCCUUUAAGUCGUUUAUGUUAUUAUAAUGUUUCCCCAAUACAAAGCUAUAAAACAUAUAAUCGAUUCAAAAAAUUACCUUUAUCUCUAGAUCCAUUUAGCAAAGUUUCAACGCAAAUACCCGGGUUUAGAAGAAAGCUAUCUGAAGCCUUUUUUAAAAAAUUUUGUGAAUUACAGAAACCACAUGAUAUGGUUCAGGCAGAAAUCGAAGGGAAAGCUCGAGUUUUCGAAAUCAUUGCACGAUUAACAGAAAGACUUUUCGGGUCGACUCCUUGUCUUUUUGGAAGUGGGGCAUCAGGAUUAGCAACAAGUGCAUCCGAUAUGGAUGUUGUUGUACUGCAGUCUAGGCAUUUAAUGAGACGUUUGGCCUUUUUUUCUCAUUUUUGGAAGAAAUGCAAUCAAAAAGACUAUUGUCCAUUUCCUUCAAUUAUUCGUAUUAGGAGAAAGUUAUGCCAUAAUAAAAAGGGAGUCUUUAAUUUUUAUCAAAAAGGUUGCUUGAACGGAUUGGGAUUUAAUCAAAAUAUUUUUAAAGUUUUACAGCAACGUCGUAGUUUUUAUGGGGAAUGGAAAUGGUUGAAACGUUCUACUAGAGAAAUAGCAGCUAUUUGGUCAGGGAGAAUAUUGAGUACUAGAUUAGCUCGGUUUGGUUGGUCUGUACAAUGUGUCGAAUCAGCGCGUGUUCCUAUUGUACGAGUUAUUGCUGCUGUGGAUACUGAAGGAAACCCACAGCCUAUUCUUCCAGAUGAUCUUAAAAUGGACGCAGAGAGAAAAACUGGAGCUCGUCUCUUUUGUGUUUCCUCUCAUUUAGAUCCUGUUGUCACGAUAAGUAAGCCCAAAACAUGGGAUGGAUUAAUUAGGACUCGACAAAAACGGAAAGAGUCUUGCCCUGUCUGGAACCUGUCAGCAAAACAUCGUAGACGUUUAAAUCUUUUACAUCAAAAAAAUAUUGACAGAUAUAUGGAAAAAAUCAUUAAUAGUAGUGAGAAAAAUUGGGGUGUAGAUAUUAAAGGCAAAUUGAAAGAAAACUACAAUGUUCAAACCGAUAAAAAAAUUAUCAAAGUUUCUACAGAUAUAAGUUUUAAUCAUGAAGUCGUGGUGCACAAUACCCGUUUACUGAAAUCUUAUGCAGAAAUAGAGCCGUCUCUCAUCCCACUGAGUAUUUUAAUUAAGCAUUGGACAAAGCAACGCGGUGUCUGCGACGCAUACCAGGGAACUUUAUCUAGCUACCAAUGGAUGUUAAUGGUUAUUCAUUAUCUUCAACACUAUCUGACACCUGUAAAAAUUGGACAUAAUCCAGAAAAAAUUGUAUCGCUUCCAAUUCUUCCAAACCUACAAAACCCUCCACCUGAUUUAAUAAAAUCCCAACCCUUACUAGUGGACGACCGAUACGAUGUUUUUUUUUAUCACCCUCAAAGGGGACUAAGUCGCCCUCUUCUUCCUCCCUCCCGUUUUUCUAAAGCUGUCAAUCACAACACGUUUCGUUCCUUGAGUAGUAAAGGAAACAUGGUCGAACUGCAGCGUGCCGAAAAUUUCCAUUACGCAAAUUGGCCUGAAGAUCUUUAUAAAGAUAAUCCAUAUGAGUAUGCCUACAAUACAUUAUCUUUUCCUUCCCAUCAUACUAAAAAUACUAGAUUGUAUACUAAUGCUCUGAACAAUAAUUCAUUUGAUAACGGAAAAGAAAUACAUGACACUAUACUGAAAAAGAUGUGUCAAUAUUCUAACCCUAUCAAAGAAAUAAAUCCUUUUCUGAGUCCAGCUUAUUUAGAUAAAACAAACACCGGACAAAAUUUUUCAGCAGAAAUGAUGGAGAACUUGAAGCUACAAUGCUUUGUUACAUUUGGAGAUAAAUCUUUGGGAAGCCUCUUCCAAGAAUUUUUUGAUUAUUUUGGUUUUCGUUUCAAUCAUUAUGCCUAUGUUGUAUCUAUCAAUAGAACUCCAAAGCUUCCUCAAAAAAAAAAUAACUAUUUUACAGUGUAUAAUCCGUUUGGUUCAUCUGUUACACCUCAAUCUACUGAUCUACAUCGUCAAACUACGAAUUUUAAGAUUAUAAACACUCCUGCAAAAAAACUCACUCCUUACACCGCAAAUAAUCAAACGGCUUCUAGUAAUACAAAUACUAAUACAGCGAUAUCUUGUUGUAUCAAUAAUUUGGUUGAUGACAUACUAAUGGACUCUGGCAAUGCUUCAUCAGUAUCUGAUAAUGAAAGUCAUAAUUAUGAUUCCGAUGAUGACAUGCGUAAACUGACUGUAUUGAAAAAAAAGAAAAUUUUAUUACUCGAAGGAGUAAACAUGGAUUCAUUGAUUGCUUCCAACACCUUUUACCAAUUAAAAGUAGAUGAAAAAAAACCCGAUUAUUGUAAAACGACGAUAAUGGAAGAGUCUCAAAAUCAGGACAUCAGUAUAGAUCGUCCUAUGGAGGAUUCUUUACCUUUUCAGUAUUUUUCAAAAGAAGUUUUUAAGAAUAAUAUUCCUGAGUCAAACAACUGUAUUUUGAUGAAGGAAAAUGCUCAAAUGUGUUAUUCGAAAAGUGAAGAGAUGGAAACACGCAAAACGCACAGUAUAAAUUGUACAACAAAAACGUACAUUAAUACUCAGAAGGAGUUACCAAUGUCAAGGGUGGAAAUAGUACUUAAACUUUUACAAAAAAAAAGUGAAACCAAUUGUACCACUCGUGACUCGGAUAAUAACAAUGAAAACGAUAUAAAUAAAUUGAGUACUUUUAGUAGUGAAGAUUUGCAUCAGAUUGAAAUAAAGGCAAAUAAUAUUAAAAGUGAAGGUUUUACAGUGGAAUCCAACAAACUACUAGACGUAGAUAACGAGUAUACUUUGAAUGACAAUAUAAUAUCAGAUUGUUCUGGUACUUCGAUAAGGCAUGGCGUUCCUACAAAUCAGCAUUCUCAACAGGAAUGUAUUGAAAGCAUUUACAAUGAGGUUCACUCUAAUCUGAUUGAAAAUGCUGGUGAAACAAGUAAUAAGGGUGUAUCUGACGCAUCCGAUGCGAUCGACAGUUUUUCUGAUACAAUGGUAAACUCACAUGUGCCUGAUGGGAUGCUGGAUAGCCUUUGGGGAUCGGAUACGGAAAUGAGUGAUAUGCAAUUCUCUGAUACAUCUGAAAAAAAAAUGAAUCGAUCUAAAUACGUGGAACGAAGACAAAAGCUUCUCGCUUACCGCGUUGCUUCGUCCCGUAGUAAAUGUGGGUUACGACUUCGACCAUUUCUUUGCAUUUUAGAUCCUUUUGAAAAAGAUCGGACGAUUGGACCUGGACAUCGUGAUGGUUUUUCUCAACUUGUAUUCGAACUACUUCGGGUCCGAGGAAUAUUGUUAGAAGCUGAGCGUCGUUUUAGAGUGCAGCCUUCUUCCGUGAAAUACAACGACAUUGUUAGCGCAAUUUUUCGUCCCAUUUCCAGCAAUAAAAAGAAUUCGCAAGCCAUACCAAAUUAUUACGAAACGUCCUACCAUCAUCUCUUAUCUUCUCAGUACAUUUUUUACGAAAAAAAAUACUCCUCUAAAAUUUGCCGCGUCCAUGAACAUCUUCGCCGAAAUAUAAACUCAUUAGAAUAUGGUGUCAUCCAGUCAAAAAAUUGUUAUGGAAAACCUUUAAGUGUUUCACCGGAUUCCUUAUCAUUUAUUCGGAAGAAAAGUUCACUGUUUAAAUCGACAAUCAACAACAUGGUAGCGCAUGAUAAACCCGGAAAAAAAAAGAAAAAGAAACUUGAAAUAAAAAGAAAAACCUCAAAAAAAAAAAACGCCUCAACCAAAUUCUUUUGAAUUACUUAAUGAUUGUUAGUAAUUGACUCAAGGUCCACAUAAUUUCUGAUGAAUGCUUGACCUUAGUGAACGAAGGUUUACCUUCACCUCCGCAAUUGUUUACCUCACAGAAAAAAAAUUCUUCAAAAAAAACAAAAAUUGUGUUCAGACAGGUCUACAUGACGCCGGAACCGACCAUGUAAUUGAGUUUCCUGUCUAUUUCAUUUCAAUUUAAAAAUAAAAGUUUUCUGAUUUGAUUACAUUAUUUUUCGAAUUGUUCGUCAUUUCCCUUUUGAGUUAACAAAAAGCCUAAAAAAAAAAUUGUAAAGAUCAUGGUUUUUUUUUAUUAAUAGUACAUAUAUAUGGUCGGAAUAAGGCUAAUAAAUUUUUGCUUGGAAGCGUACAAGAAACAACAAUGUUCAUACAGUAAAUUCUGGAUCCCUUCUUUUUUCUUCUUUAGUUUAAAAUUACACAUCAAAUACUUCAAUUAAGGACUACUUUCUAUUUUUAGUUUUCAGAUGAAAGCAGUAUGUCCGAUUGGAUAAAGAAAUAAAGAAUUGUGUUACUUGUUCAAAUAAAUUUCAAGUAAUGUACAUAAUAGUAAUUUAAAAGGAUUUGAAUUCUUUGAGAAUGUUCUUUUCGAUUAUAUUAAACGGACAACUGGAAUUUUCCACUCUCUUUUAUUAAACCACUCAUGCUAUUGAUAAGUUUCAAGGGAGAUUUCGUAACUAAGAAGAACAAAUUACUAGAAUCUUUUUCAUGAUUAAAUAAUUUUCAGUGUUGUUAAAUACUCAGCUUAAUCUCGCUUAUUCCUCUUAAUGUAACUUGUGAUGCACCCUAUUUAAAAUACUCAUUUUCCAGUACUGUGUUUUAAUCUUAGCAGUGUAACAAUUUGUAAAUUUUUACGUUACAUAUGUACAAUUGUUUCUACUUUAAUCAUAAUAAAAAAUUUACCAAAAUGUAUACAAUCUUAGUUGAUUUUUUUGUAAAAAUUAUCCUUUUAAUGUUCACGGAUCGAGCUAAAAAACAUGGAUCAAGCAAAUUUUAAUAUUUCAGUUGGUUUUUUUUUUAUAUCUAUACUUUUUUUUUCUUUAUGCGAUACUCAUGGAUAAUAAUUAACUAACCACUCAAUUACCACAUUUCUUGCGAUACUUUGUUUUAAAUGUAUA